ACAUGGCUGGGCCCCUGGCUGCUGCUGGCCUGUUUCCUGGUGAGCCGGACCAUUACCCAGGAGGUGUCGGAGCACUGUAGCAACAUGAUUGGGAACGGACACCUGGAAGUUCUGCAGCAGCUGAUUGACAGUCAAAUGGAGACCUCGUGCCAAAUUGCCUUUGAGUUCGUAGACCGGGAGCAGCUGAGCGAUCCUGUGUGCUACCUUAAGAAGGCGUUUUUCCUGGUACAAGACAUCAUGGAGGACACCAUGCGGUUCAAGGAUAACACCCCCAACGCCCUUACCAUCGUGCAGCUGCAGGAACUGUCUCUGAGUCUGAAGAGCUGCUUUACCACAGACUAUGGAGAGCAUGACAAGGCCUGUGUCCGAACUUUCUAUGAGACACCCCUCCAGCUAUUGGAGAAGAUCAAGAAUGUCUUUAAUGAAACCAAGAAUCUCCUUACAAAGGACUGGAAUAUUUUCAGCAAGAACUGCAACAACAGCUUUGCUAAAUGCUCCAGCCAAGAUGUGGUGACCAAGCCUGAUUGCAACUGCCUGUACCCCAAAGCCACCCCUAGCAGUGGCCUGGCCUCUGUCUCCCCUCACCAGCCCCUCGCCCCCUCCGUAGCCCCCAUGGCUGGCUUGACCUGGGCUGACUCCAAGGGGACAGAGGGCAACACCCUCUUGCCCAGUGAGCAGCCUCUUCACACGGUGGACCCGGGCAGUGCCAAGCAGCGACCAUCUAGGAGCACCUGCCAGAGCCUUGAGUCACCAGAGACCCCAGGUGUCGAGGACAGCCCCACCAGCGACUCACCACAGCAUCUCCCCUCUGUGGCGUCCACUGUCCCUGAGAUUGAGAGCAUUCUUGAUUCUGCACUGGGUCCUGACUGGGCUCUAGAAGAGGCAUCUGGAGAGGCUCAAGAGGGUCUUGUACCCCAAGGGACGGAGCCCUCUCCCUCUGAGCUGGGAGGGAGCAUCAUCCAAGGAGAGACUGCCAGACCCAGCGACCUCCUCUCAGCAUCUUCUCUGCUCCCGGCAUCAGCAAAGGACCGACGGCCAUCAGAUGUAACUGGCACCGUCUUGCCCAAGGUGGGGCCUGUGAGACCUACUGGCCAGGCCUGGCAUCACACCCCUGGGAAAACAGACCGUUCAUCUGCCCAGCCCAGAGACCGCCAGGAUCCAGACUCUCUCAGGACUUCCUCGUUACACCCCCAAGGCCUCAGCCAGCCCUCCACCCUCUCUGCUCAGCCAAGGCUUUCCAGAAGCCCCUCCUGGGGCAACGUGCUGCCCCUCAUGGAGCUGGAGGGCAAGAGGAGCACCAGGGAUCGGAGGAGCCCUGCAGAGCUGGAAGGAGGACGAGCAAGUGAGCGGGCGGCCAGGCCCCCCACCCAUUUUAACUCGGUUCCUUUGACUGACACAGGCCAUGAGAGGCAGUACGUGGGACCCUCCGACCCCCUGCUCCCAGGGUUUGUCUUCCACCUGCUGGUGCCCAGCAUCAUCCUGGUCUUGCUGGCUGUCGGUGGCCUCCUAUUCUACAGGCGGAGGCGGCGGAGCCAUCAAGAGCCUCAGACAGUGGACUCUUCCAGGGAGCAGCCUGAGGGCAGCCCCCUGACCCAGGAGGAGGACAGACAGAUGGAACUGCCAGUGUAGAGGGAAUUCUAAGACCCCUCACCAUCCUGGACACACUCGUUUGUCACUGUCCCACUGAAAGUGUGGCGCCCAGCCCUGGACACAGUACUCCAGAUGUUGUCCGACCAGCUCAGAGUACAGUGGGACUGUAACCUUCUUAUGUGGACAGUGCUCUUCUACCCUGCUGACCCAGAGUGCCUUAGCUUAACAGCCGCAUCAUACCGUUGUCAUAUGUUGAGCUCGUGGUCGCUAAAACCCCUAGUUCCAUCUCCCAUAAACCUGUGUCACGUCAGACCUUCUCAUCCUGUGUUUGGACAACUUAACUUUUUUAACCCAAGUGCAGGAGUCCAUAUACACCCUUAUUAAGACCACCUUGGUUUCUGUGCAUCACCCAAGCCUAUUGAAAUUGUUUUAAGUUCUAAUUCUGUCAUCUUCAUAGCCCCCCAAUUGUGUCUCCCACACAUCAGUGAGCUGUCCUUGCCCACAUUGUUUACAAAGAUGUGACCCUUAUUAUUCCUCGGCCCUGGUUCCCUAGCCCCAGAUGACCUAUGCCCUCCUGCCCUCCUCCCACUUGGCCACAAUCCGUCCAUCAGGAAGCCUUCCCGAUGGUCUCUGCCACCCUCUUCUUGCUCCUUCAGCUCGUGCCCCACCGGCUGUUUUGUAUUUGGUUAAUACUAUAUUGAUUUGCACUUAUUCGGAUGUUGUUGUUACACAUUUUUAAAAGCUUAUUUUAUAUGUGUAGAUGUACAUUCCACAUCCCUAAGAAGAUUGUAAGCUCCUUGAGGGCAGGAAAUGUCUUUCUCUUUUUUUGAGUGUUUCUUUUUCCAACCCGGGCUCUAGUACAGAGAAGGCUUCUCCAGAGUUGUCACAGAUUCAAUAAAUGCUGACUGACUGGUUUCAGGGAGGGCGUACCCAGUGACCCUGACCAGCUGUCUCUAAGUGACCAGCCUCCUGGCUGACCAAUUAACCAGCUAACUAAUCAACUAACUAAUCAACUUUGAUUGACUGGUUGACCUGUCGACUAACUAACUAGUUGGUAACUAACUAUCUAACUGGUUAGUUGUUGAUUGGUGAGCUGAUGGCCUUACUGAUUUGCUAAUUGGCUGGCUGGCCAACUAGCCAAGCUGUCCCAAUUGGUUUCCUGUCACCUUUGCCAAAUGCAAGCGAGUGCCUUAGGGCCUUCCCAUGUACAGAGUGGCAGGUCUGGGCUCCUCCUGGAGAGAUAGGGGAUCUGACAAAUGCUUGAAACCAGGGAACCUAUUUACUGAAGAGCAAGCCCUAACACAGCUGGAACCCUGGGGUCUGCCUCGUUAGUAGGGUGGGCUAAGAUGGGCGAGUGAAUGAGCUUGGGCCUGGGCAGGGCUAUGAGAAUGACUGGGAAGCAGAGGAGGGAGUCUCUGGGGACUUCAGUGGCUCAGUGCUGUGCCAGCCUUCCCCACCCCUGUGGUCUUGGCCUUCUGCCCCAUCCAUCCCAUCUAUAUGCCCCCUCUUUUCCUGCUUGCCUGUUCUCAGGCCCAUCUCAAGCUUUCCUCUCUCCCGAGAUUUCACUUGGAGAGGAGACCCAGCACAGGAAACCCAGGCCUACGUGGUUCAGUGGGCUCAGCCAUAUGGUGGUCCACAGGCCAGGCACCCUGAGCCUCUGGGGGAUUGAGUGCCAGCCCCCAGAUCGACCUCUGCUCUGAUAAGGGAGGUGACAAAGGGAGACACAGAGCCUGAGAGACUAAGAGAGGAUGCAUAGCCACAGACAUCUCAGACACCAGCACCCUCAAACUCAAGGAACUAAGAGGCAGGGGCCAUAGGCUGCCUUUGCCUUGGUCCGUCUUUCCUCUGGGCCCCUAGCAGGGCUGUGGCCUGACUGUACCUAGCAUGGCUCAGGUCCAGUUUAUGGCUCCCCCUUCUGUCCUCUCCAGAGCAUGGGAAUGGGCUGGGAGCCAGACGCUGUGGUCCUGUCUUCCCUCCUUACCCAUCAUGGGCUGUGCCAGUAGGGCCUAUGGACAUUAGGGAGGGAGACUCCACGGGGUCCAAAGUCAAACUGUUGGAUGUGGUCCAGGGGAUUUCUGCUCUGGGAACAAAGCGUUCUGAGGAUGCUGG